AUGUCAGUAUCAGAAGAAGUUGGAAUUCCUCAAAUCAUCUUGGACACUCGUAAAGCCGCUUCGGGCGUAACUGGAGAAUCUGUCGAACCUAGACAAACACUCCCCACAGAAGAUAUGGAACCUAACCCUGCGAACUCAAUCCCUCUUCCACCCAAUAGACAAAAGUUGAUAGAUGAUGUGAUCGCCUUGUACUCUUGUCAACCUACUAUUGAGAGAGUAGCGAGAUAUGCCCCGGCUUGUGUUUAUGAUGAUCAAUUUGUUUAUGCCAAUGACCGAUACAAGAUGGCAGGACAAUGGUUUGGUCUUCCCAAACUUUUCCCCAAAUCCGAGAACGUAGCAUACGAGAUAGUUAAGAAUGAAGAUACUUUGAUUCAAUUUAGGAAUAAGCAAACAUGGCACUUCCACCUUAUCCCCAAGACGGCAACUAUCAAUGCUCUCGUAUCCAUCGUCUUGGACCCAGCUACUAAAGAUUCCGAUUUCCCUUUAAUCCUCUACCACAAGGAUCAAGCCAAUGAGAAGGACUACUCUCACGAAGGGUUCGGAUUCUCGUUCAAGAAGACUCAAGCUGAUAUGGUAUCCAAGUUGAUGUCUGACAAAGAAGUCAAACUCUUCAAGGGAGACGAAACUGCCGCUAAGGAACCAGUCAAGAAGUACGGUAGUGGUACUGCCGAAGCUCCUUUGGCUAAAGAUGUAUAA